AUGAACCAACGUCGCUAUCGCGCUGCUUUUGUCGGAAAGCUCGGUGACGACGAGUUCGGUCACAUGCUCGCCGGGAUCUUGAAACAAAACGGCGUCUCCGCCGAAGGAGUCAACUUUGACACCGGAGCUAGGACGGCACUCGCGUUCGUGAUGCUAAGAUCCGACGGAGAACGUCAAGUUAGGUCAACCAAGUUCUCUGCUAAGGUGUUCCACUAUGGAUCAAUAAGCCUCAUCGUUGAGCCAUGUAGAUCUGCUCACCUGAAGGCCAUGGAGGUGGCUGAAGAAGCUGGUGCGUUGCUCUCUUACGACCCAAACUUGAGGCUGCCUUUGUGGCCCUCGAAGGAGGAGGCUAAGGAGCUGAUUCUUAGCAUUUGGGACAAAGCUGAAGUGAUCAAAGUCAGCGAUGAAGAGCUUAUGUUUUUGACUGGAGCUGAUAACGUUGAUGAUGAGACUAAUUUGUCUCUGUGGCAUGAUAACUUGAAACUUCUCUUGGUCACUUUGGGUGAAAAGGGUUGUAAAUAUUACACCAAGACAAUUGCUAAACCUGAUGCUGAAGCACCUUUGACCAAAGCCAAGAGCUGA